AGGAUGGAGACCAGGGAGGACAAAUCCCCACAGCAGAACCUCGUGGAAGAGGCUGUUUUGAGCAGCUCCACAGCACAGGAAUCCAAUGGGGAGGAAAAGCCCCGGAGAUCCCUCACGAGGAGGGGCUGCAAACGCAGAUCACGGGGAUCUGAGGAGGAAAGACCCACCCAGGGCAGGGAGGGCAGCCGGAGCUCGGAGCUGGGGGUCGAUGAAGAGCUUCAGGAUGGGGAGAAGCCCCACCAGUGCUCGGAAUGUGGGAAGAGCUUCAGCAAGAGAUCCUACCUGGUCCGCCAUUGGAGAAUCCACACAGAGGUUCGGCCAUACGAGUGUCCCGAGUGUGGGAAGAGCUUCAGGAGGAGCUCCCACCUGACUGUCCACCAGAGGACCCACACCGGGGAGAAGCCCUUCAAGUGUGGAGAGUGUGGGAAGAACUUCAGCAAGCGCUGCAACCUGAACUACCACCAGCGGAUCCACACUGGAGAGAGACCCUAUGAGUGUGAUAAAUGCAGGAAGAGGUUUCAGAGCAGUUCUCAUCUCCUCCAGCACCAGCCAAUUCACUUAGAUGAGAGGCCCUUCCGCUGCCCUGACUGCAGGAAGGGCUUCAAUGACAACUCCACCCUCAUCAGGCACCGCCGCAUCCACACCGGAGAGGGGCCUGGGGCGAGGCCCUACGAGUGUGAUCAAUGCUCGAAGGCGUUUAAGACCAGCUCCCAUCUCCUGCUGCACCUGCGCACUCACACAGACGAGAGGCCCUUCCGCUGCCCCGACUGCGGGAAGGGCUUCCAGCGCAACACCCACCUCACCAGCCACCGGCGCAUCCACACCGGGGAGACGCCCUAUGAGUGUCCCGAGUGCGGGAAGAGAUUCCGGCAAAGCUCAGCCGUGACCCACCAUCAACGGCGCCACCACUAAGGGCAGCCCUGUGAGUGCCCUGAGUGCAGGAAGAGCUUCCUGUGCUGCUCCAGCUCCAUCCCCCAUGGGAUCCACCCUGGAUGAUCCCCUGUGAUCCGUGGUGCCGGUGAUCCCUGUUGGGAAGACACCUGGCUGGGGGGCUCCACAUCCUCCUGGCUCUCCGUGGGUACCUGCACACAUCCCCAGACCAACAUCUGAAAUCCAUUUUAUAGAGCUGAUUUGUCCAGUCCUGACCCCAAAGAAAAAUCACUUUUUGCCUCUUCUGGUGGCCUUAACAACACUGGAUAGUCUUGGAGGUCUUCUCCAACAUAAAUCCAUCGUUUUAAUUCUCUCUGGCCCACAGAUAUCUUCCACAGCCAAAUGGGGAGGGACUGGGACAAAACCCUCAAUUUUGGACACAGUUGGGUGGAAACCCCUCCAAAAAAGGUUCUUCCCACCUGCCAAGCACAUGGAUGCUCUGCCAGCAGAGAUAUAUAAAUCGUUUGGGUUUUUUUUCCUUGAAACGAAAAGGUUUCUGUUCAUUCCUUUCAAAGCCCUGAAACUGGGUAGAAAUAAAGGCGUUGAACUAAGCCGUGCAUGCGGACAUGUGGGGGACAAUGGCAUGUGUAGGGCCAUGGGGGGACAUGGACAUAGACAGGACCAUGUGGGACAUGGUGGAACACAGACAUGGAUGGGAACAUGGCAAACAUGCAUGGGGACAUGAACUGGGACAGCGUCAAUGCCACCACCACAGUGCCACCAGCACCUUCAUCUGGGCCAUGGCAAAGUGCUGCCUGAUGCAGUUCCUGCCACCACAUCCCCACUGUCACCACCGUGGUGUCCCAGCUGAAUGUCACCACCCAUCAGGGCAGGGUGGGGACAUUGUUCAGCUGGUGACAAGUGGCCCGGAAGCGAGUGACAGCCACCAGGGUGUCCCAGGGCCACCGCACUCAGGGGACCUCAACUGCCCCUGGGGACAGGGGAAAAGGUCAGUGUCACCUGGCGGGUCAGGUUGCCCUGCACUGGGUGUCACCAGAGGCGUCCUGGUGGCAGCAUCCACACAGGUGUGGCAACACUGUCCCCUGAUGUGUGUCAUGGUUGCAUCGUGUCCCCUCCUCCCCUCUGUAUGUCCCUAUCCCCCACCAUGGCUCCCUGUCACCCCUCUGUGUGUCCCCAUCCUGUCCUGUGUGUCCCUGUCACCCCUCUGUGUGUCCCUGUCCCUCCCCCUAUGUCCCUGUCCCCACCCCUGGUGGGGCUGAAGUCCCCAAGGUCUUGGGGUUGUGUCCUGCAGGGUCUCUUUGUGUCCUGCAGGGUGUCCCCGUGUCCCUCAGGAUGUUCCCAUGGCUGCUCCUGGCACUGAGUGUCUGCGCCCACCCUGGCACAGGCAGAGUCCUGCCAUGGCACCUGUGACACCCCAAGACAUCCCAUGACACCCUUUGAUUUUGAGUCCUUCCCCCUCAUUUUUGGGUCCAUUCCCCGUGCUAUGGGUCUCACUUCAAACCAGCCCAGAACUCCCCAAAAUUCCUCAGCCAUGAUGUCCACGCAUCCCCCUGGAAGUCCCCCCAGGCUCUCGGCCACGGAACUGUUGCUGGUGACAUUGAGCCACAGGAUCCACAGGCUGUCCCCAAGGGUGGCCCCUCCAGUGGCCCCUGCUGCAACAGGGCCCUCAUGGUGGCCAGGACUGCAACCCCAAACAUCAGUCAGUGACCCCUAAAAUUCAUCUGGGAUCCCAAAAAUUCACCAGGGAUCCCAAAAAUCCCAUUAGAGAGCCCUGGCCCCAAAUCCAUUGUGACAGGUUCCGCAUGCUGACCGGUACUGCGACCCCAAAAAUUCAUCACAGAUCCCAAAACCUCCCAAAAUUCAUCAGGGAUCUCAAAAAUCCAUCAAGGAUCCCAAAAUCCCCUGCUGGGGACAAUCCUGAUGUGUCCCUUAAGGAGUUGAGGACACCCCCAGGAUGUCCACCUGUUGUAGUGUGUUUUCUUUAUUUGGCAGGUUCUCUGUGUAAUUUGUGGUUUUGCAACCCCUCUGUAUUGGCCUCCCCGUUAUUCAGUUUAGUUCUCUUUGUUACCCACCUACUCCCUGCCAAGUUUCAAACCUCCCCCCCUUCCCAGCUGUUAACCCCUCCUGCCCCUACCUUUGCCCCAGAACCUUCCUUACUCCUCCUUCCAUUAAAUGUCAAUCCCUGCCCGAACCUGCCCUCCCCUUUAGAAACUUCCCUGUCAGUUUUGUAUCCUCCGAAACCCCAUUGGUUUACUCAAGCUGUUCUCCUCCCUUGAAAUCCUUCAUUGGUUUACACAUUGUAUUCCCUGCCUUGUGUUCCACCCCCAGUUCCCCCAAUUAGCUAGAGAUUUUACCCUCCCUGAGACCCCCCCGUUUAUAAGCUGUUGUCUGCCCUCUGUUCAGGGUCCUGGGAUCCUGGGCUCGCAUUGCCCCUCAGCCCGCAGGGCAGGUUUUGCCCCCGAGCAAGGCAGCACGGGCCGGAUAGCUCAGUCCCUGCUGGGGACAGAGAGUCCAAAUGCCCAGGCUGCUCGUAGCCGUGGCUACCUUAAGCAAGCUGAGUGGAUAUCAGCUCUUUAGUGAUUAUCAGCUCUCUUGGAAUUCCAGCUCUUUGCUUGCUAAGGUGCCUGGCAGGCUAUUGGGGGAAGCAGACGAGAGAGAAGAAAGGUCCUGGCGUUCCACAGCGAUGGUUUUAUUGGGGGAUCUGUGAAGGGUUCCAGCGAUGGCUCUUCUUCUGCCAAACGGGCCAAACCAGCCCCUUUUUAUAGGGUACAAAGGGAUCCAAACUUGUCCAAUAGUAGGGAUUGGGGGCAAGUGACCUAUGGGGUUACAGAGAUAAGCUGGGGUCCGAGAGGUGGAAGACAGGAGCUUAUUUUGCUAUUUCAUCAUGGCUCAGCAAUUCCUAUCGCUAAGCCUCAGCCCUCCAUGGGGCCCUGGCCAAUUCCAUGGAGCCUGUACAGACUCAGGGAGUUUUGCCAUCGAAUAAAGUUCCCCCAGUUCCACCCCAGGGCCUGUGCUGCUGCCUUUUUGUUUCUGCGCCGAACCUCCACUGGCAGCUGGGAUUCUGCGGAGCUCCAACGGGGGCUCUGUCGCGCCCCUGUUAUCAUCCAGCCGGGACUCAGCGCCCCGCGACAGAUCGGCCACAUCCACCCCUCCCCGCCCUGUGUGUCCCCCCUCACCCUCCCUGCCCUGGGGACAUUUGGGGACACCCCUCUCACCCAGGUGUCGCUUCUGGGGGUCCCUGGUGAGCUGCACGGCCACGGCCAGGCCGAUGCCCUAAGGUCCCCAUUCUAAUACACAGUACAGCACACAGCACAUCUCAGUCCAUCCCACAGAACACAGGCAAUGAGCCAAAGUUAACCCUUCCCCAGUUUCUCCCUCAGAAUCUGGGCAGUUGUCCUGGGUUGACUAUAUAUGAUGCUUUUAUCCCCAAUCGUCUCAUUCUGUUUAUGUUGAAUAAUAAUAAGUUUUGUACCUUUAAGAGUGUUACAGAGAGUGAAGGGGGAGAGAGAAGAAGCGCGCAGUUUGUUUUCAGACACUGCACUCACUCCUCCACAUUCCUGCUCCUGACUGUGUUGU